AGCUCUAUUUUCUUGCCAUUAUUAUUUUUUUCAUCUGGAAAAGCAAUAAGGGAAUUGUGUAACCAUGAGUAGUGACGCGGAAAUGGCCAUAUUUGGGGAGGCGGCCCCAUUCCUCAGAAAAACUGAGAAAGAGAGAAUUGAGUCACAGAAUCGACCAUUCGAUGCAAAAACAUCUUGCUUUGUGAUUGACCCAAAAACGAUGUACGUGAAGGGGGUUAUUCAGAGCAAAGACGGAGGAAAAGUCACAGUGAAGAAAGAAGAUAAUACAACUGUAACAGUUAAGGAUGAUGAAGUCUUCCCCAUGAACCCCCCCAAGUAUGAUAAAAUUGAAGACAUGGCUAUGAUGACUCACUUGAAUGAGCCAGGUGUCCUGUAUAACCUCAAAGAGCGUUAUGCAGCCUGGAUGAUCUAUACCUACUCUGGCUUGUUUUGUGCAACAGUCAACCCCUACAAGUGGCUGCCAGUAUACAACCCUGAGGUCGUCAAUGCUUACAGAGGGAAGAAGCGUCAAGAGGCUCCACCCCACAUCUUCUCCAUCUCUGACAAUGCCUAUCAGUUCAUGUUAACAGAUCGUGAUAAUCAGUCUAUCUUGAUUACUGGAGAAUCUGGUGCAGGAAAGACUGUGAACACGAAACGCGUCAUCCAGUAUUUUGCAACAAUUGCAGCUGUUGGUGACAAGAAGAAAGAAGCAGCUCAACCUGGAAAAAUACAGGGCACUCUGGAGGAUCAAAUCAUCUCAGCAAACCCCCUGCUUGAAGCUUUUGGUAAUGCCAAGACUGUGAGGAAUGACAACUCCUCCCGUUUUGGUAAAUUCAUCAGAAUUCAUUUUGGCGCCACUGGAAAAUUGGCUUCUGCAGAUAUUGAAACUUAUCUUCUGGAAAAAUCCAGGGUAACAUUCCAGUUAUCAGCAGAAAGGAGUUACCACAUUUUCUAUCAGAUUAUGUCCAAUAAAUUACCACAUUUAAUUGAAACUCUCCUUAUUACCACCAACCCAUAUGACUACCCUUUUGUCAGUCAAGGGGAGAUCACAGUGGCUAGUAUUGAUGACCAAGAAGAAUUAAUGGCAACUGAUAGUGCCAUUGAUAUCCUGGGCUUUAAUGCUGAUGAGAAAAUUGGUAUCUACAAACUGACUGGUGCCGUCAUGCACUACGGCAACAUGAAGUUCAAGCAGAAGCAAAGAGAGGAGCAGGCUGAGCCUGAUGGCACAGAGGUUGCGGACAAAGCUGCAUACCUCAUGGGUUUGAACUCUGCUGACUUACUGAAGGCCUUGUGCUACCCAAGAGUGAAAGUUGGGAAUGAAUAUGUGACCAAAGGUCAAACUGUCCAACAGGUUUGCAACAAUGUUGGUGCCUUGGGGAAAUCCGUUUAUGAGAAGAUGUUCUUGUGGAUGGUCUUCCGUAUCAACCAGCAACUGGAUACAAAGCAACCAAGGCAGCAUUUCAUUGGUGUCUUGGACAUUGCUGGCUUUGAGAUCUUUGAUUACAACAGCUUAGAACAGCUCUGCAUCAACUUCACCAAUGAGAAACUGCAACAGUUUUUCAACCAUCACAUGUUUGUCCUGGAGCAAGAGGAAUACAAGAAGGAAGGUAUUGAGUGGGAGUUCAUUGACUUUGGAAUGGACUUGGCUGCCUGCAUUGAGCUUAUUGAGAAGCCAAUGGGAAUCUUCUCCAUCCUUGAAGAGGAGUGCAUGUUCCCCAAGGCAACAGACGUUUCCUUUAAGAACAAGCUAUACGACCAGCAUCUCGGCAAGUCCAACAACUUCCAGAAGCCAAAGCCUGGAAAAGGCAAAGCUGAGGCCCACUUCUCCCUUGUCCACUAUGCUGGAACUGUGGACUACAACAUCACUGGCUGGCUAGAGAAGAAUAAGGACCCACUGAAUGAAACUGUUGUGGGGCUGUACCAGAAGUCUGCUGUGAAACUGCUAGCAUUUCUUUAUGCUGCACACCCCGGCGCAGAAGGAGAGGGUAGCAAAAAGGGAGCAAAGAAGAAGGGCUCUUCUUUCCAGACUGUAUCUGCUCUUUUCAGGGAAAACCUGAACAAACUGAUGUCCAACUUAAGAAGCACUCACCCUCACUUUGUGCGUUGUCUCAUCCCUAAUGAGACAAAGACACCUGGUUCCAUGGACCACUACUUGGUCAUGCAUCAACUUAGGUGCAAUGGUGUAUUGGAAGGAAUUAGAAUUUGCAGGAAAGGCUUCCCUAGCAGAGUUCUGUACGCUGACUUCAAGCAGCGUUACAAGAUUCUCAAUGCAAGCGCUAUUCCUGAGGGCCAGUUUAUUGAUAGCAAGAAGGCUUCAGAGAAACUUCUUGGGUCUAUUGAUGUUGAUCAUACACAGUACAAAUUUGGACACACUAAGGUGUUCUUCAAGGCUGGUCUUUUGGGUCUACUUGAAGAAAUGCGAGAUGAUAAGUUAGCUCAGCUGAUCACCCGUACUCAGGCUAUGUGUAGAGGAUUUCUCAUGAGGGAAGAGUUCAGGAAGAUGAUGGAAAGAAGGGAGUCCGUAUUCUGCAUUCAGUACAACAUCCGCUCAUUCAUGAAUGUCAAACAUUGGCCAUGGAUGAAACUCUUCUUCAAAAUUAAGCCUUUGUUGAAGAGUGCUGAGUCUGAAAAGGAGAUGGCCAAUAUGAAGGAAGAAUUUGAGAAGACAAAAGAAAGCUUGGUAAAAUCAGAAGCCAGAAGGAAGGAGCUAGAGGAGAAAAUGGUGUCCAUUCUUCAGGAAAAGAAUGACCUGGCUCUUCAAGUGCAGUCUGAAUCAGAGAGUCUAUCAGAUGCAGAAGAGAGAUGUGAAGGGCUCAUUAAAGCCAAGAUUCAAUUGGAGGCAAAAAUCAAAGAGUUCAAUGAGAGGCUGGAAGAUGAAGAAGAAUCUAAUGCUGAACUGACUGCGAAGAAAAGAAAACUUGAGGAUGAGUGCUCUGAACUGAAAAAAGAUAUUGAUGACCUUGAGCUGACCUUAGCUAAAGUAGAGAAAGAGAAACAUGCUACAGAAAAUAAGGUUAAAAACCUUACUGAAGAAAUGGCAAUUCUAGAUGAGAAUAUUGCAAAACUAACUAAAGAGAAGAAAGCCCUCCAAGAAGCACAUCAACAGACCUUAGAUGACCUGCAAGCUGAGGAAGACAAAGUCAACACACUCACCAAAGCGAAAACUAAGUUGGAACAACAAGUUGAUGAUCUUGAAGGAUCUCUGGAGCAAGAGAAGAAGCUCCGCAUGGACUUGGAGAGAGCAAAGAGGAAGCUCGAGGGUGACCUGAAACUAGCUCAGGAGUCUACAAUGGAUUUGGAAAAUGACAGGCAGCAAUUGGAUGAAAAACUUAAAAAGAAAGACUUUGAAAUAAGUCAGUUUCUGAGCAAGAUUGAAGAUGAACAGGUUCUUGCUUCUCAGCUGCAGAAGAAAAUAAAAGAGCUUCAGGCCCGUAUUGAGGAACUUGAAGAAGAAAUUGAAGCUGAGCGUACAGCCCGUGCAAAGGCAGAGAAGCAGCGUUCUGACCACUCUAGGGAGCUAGAAGAGAUCAGUGAGCGUCUGGAGGAAGCAGGUGGGGCAACAUCUCUGCAGAUUGAGAUGAACAAGAAACGUGAAGCUGAAUUCCAGAAGAUGCGCCGUGACCUUGAAGAGGCCACACUUCACCAUGAAGCCACUGCUGCUGGUCUCCGAAAGAAGCAUGCAGAUAGUGUAGCUGAAUUUGGGGAACAAAUUGACAACCUUCAACGUGUUAAGCAGAAACUGGAAAAAGAAAAGAGUGAACUUAAGAUGGAAAUUGAUGACCUUGCCAGUAAUAUGGAAACUGUAUCCAAAGCCAAAGCAAACCUGGAAAAGAUAUGCAGAACAUUAGAGGACCAAUUUAGUGAAAUUAAAACUAAAGAGGAAGAACACCAGAGAGUAAUCAAUGACUUAAAUACUCAAAGAGCUCGGCUUCAAACAGAGAAUGGUGAAUUCUCUCGUGUGUUGGAUGAAAAGGAGUCAUUUAUUUCUCAGCUAACAAGAGGCAAGCAAGCUUUUACCCAACAAAUUGAAGAACUUAAAAGACACCUAGAGGAAGAGACAAAGGCUAAGAAUGCCCUUGCUCAUGCUUUGCAAUCUGCCCGUCAUGAUUGUGACUUGCUCCGAGAACAAUAUGAAGAGGAACAAGAAGCCAAGGGUGAACUACAGCGCUCAUUGUCUAAGGCCAAUGGAGAAGUCGCCCAAUGGCGUACAAAAUAUGAGACUGAUGCAAUUCAGAGAACAGAGGAACUGGAAGAUGCCAAAAAGAAACUUGCUCAGCGCCUCCAAGAAGCUGAAGAACAAAUUGAGGCUGUAAAUUCCAAGUGCUCAUCUCUGGAAAAGACAAAACAGAGACUGCAAGGGGAAGUGGAAGAUCUUAUGGUUGAUGUUGAAAGAACUCAUUCCGCCUGUGCGGCUCUUGAUAAGAAGCAGAAAAACUUUGACAAGGUACUAGCAGAAUGGAAGCAGAAAUAUGAAGAAACUCAAGCUGAACUGGAAGCAUCUCAGAAAGAAUCCAGGUCUCUCAGCACUGAGAUCUUCAAGAUGAAGAAUUCCUAUGAAGAAGCAUUAGAUCAGCUGGAAACAAUCAAGAGAGAAAAUAAGAACUUACAAAAUGAGAUUACAGACCUCACUGAACAAAUUUCUGGAGCAGGGAAAACCAUCCAUGAACUGGAAAAGGUUAAAAAACAGGUUGAACAAGAAAGGGCAGAACUUCAGUCAGCCCUUGAAGAAGCUGAGGCAUCACUGGAGCAUGAAGAAGCCAAGAUUCUCCGUGUCCAACUUGAGCUGACUCAGGUCAAAUCUGAUAUUGAUAGAAGACUGGCAGAAAAAGAUGAAGAAAUUGACCAGAUAAAGAGAAACAGCCAGAGAGCUUUGGAAACAAUGCAGAGUACCCUGGAUGCCGAGAUUAGAAGCAAGAAUGAUGCCCUAAGAUUGAAGAAAAAAAUGGAAGGAGAUCUUAAUGAAAUGGAAAUUCAACUUAGCCAUGCCAACCGUCAGGCAGCAGAAGCACAGAAACAACUCAGGAAUGUGCAGGGACAGUUAAAGGAUGUUCAAAUUCACCUUGAUGAUACCCUUAGAGGAAAUGAAGACCUGAAGGAACAACUGGCUAUUUCUGAAAGAAGAAAUAACCUCAUGACUGCAGAGAUUGAAGAAAUGAGGUCUGCCUUGGAACAGACUGAGCGUGGACGUAAAGUAGCAGAACAAGAACUUCUUGAUGUGUCUGAACGUGUUCAGCUCCUUCACACACAGAAUACUAGUCUCAUCAACACCAAGAAAAAACUAGAAACUGAUGUAGCUCAGCUCCAAAGUGAAGUGGAAGAAGCCAUCCAAGAAUCAAGGAAUGCAGAAGACAAAGCCAAAAAGGCAAUAACAGAUGCUGCAAUGAUGGCUGAAGAGUUGAAGAAAGAACAGGACACCAGUGCCCACCUUGAAAGGAUGAAGAAGAAUCUUGACCAGACAGUGAAGGAUCUACAGCAUCGUCUAGAUGAAGCUGAACAAUUGGCAUUAAAAGGUGGCAAGAAACAGCUACAGAAGCUGGAGGCCAGAGUACGUGAACUUGAAAACGAGCUGGAAGCUGAGCAGAGAAAAUGCACUGAAGCUAUUAAGGGUGUGCGCAAAUAUGAGAGGAAAGUCAAGGAACUAACAUACCAGUCUGAAGAGGACAAGAAGAACGUGUUCAGGCUUCAAGACUUAGUAGAUAAGUUGCAGCUGAAGGUCAAAGCUUACAAGAGACAAGCUGAGGAGUCUGAGGAACAGGCAAAUACACAUAUGUCCAAAUUCAGAAAGACACAACAUGAACUGGAAGAGGCUGAAGAACGUGCUGAUAUUGCUGAAUCGCAAGUCAACAAGCUAAGAGCCAAAAGCCGUGAUAUAGGCAAGAAAGCGGAAGAGUGAAAACAAGAAACGGCUUACAAACGAAGUUCAUACAAUAUGGACUUCAUUGUAAUUAAAAAUGGUCUUUUGUAGAAUAUGUAGAGCUCUAGAUGCAAAUAAAGCUAAUGCAAAAAAAAAAAAAA